AUGAUAGAAUUGACCACAUCAAAUACUUCAACUGAAAAUACCGAAGAAGCCGUAUUACCUCCGACCUAUGCGAAAUUACCGACAACUAAACUUGAAGAAGAACCAAAUCCAUUUGAGCAGAGUUUUGAAGGUGCAACAAAGGCAGCUGAAAUUAUGCCCCUCCCACCAGAAAGAAUAAUACCUGAUUCUAUGUUGGAUACAACAAGAAAUGCUAAUAACAAACAGUCCGCUACAACAUUUUAUAAUACAUUUGAUAAUAAAUCACAAUCAGAAGAAUCAAAGAAGCCAGCGAAGAGAACAAGAAAGGGUACGAUCAAAGAGGCAACGACAAUAGAAGAUGAAAUCAAACGAAAGAACUUUUUAGAAAGAAAUAGAAUUGCUGCUUUAAAAUGUAGACAAAGAAAGAAGCAAUGGCUGCAGAAUCUACAAGCCAAAGUGGAAUAUUUAACAGCAGAUAAUGAACAAUAUCACUUGCAAGCGAAUGCAUUACGUGAAGAAUUGAUCAAUUUAAAGACACUCUUGAUGGCACAUAAAGACUGCCCUAUUAAUCAACAAGCCAUUCAGAAUGCUUUAAAUAGACCAAUACCUGGUUUGCCUUCUUUGGGUCAACCACCUUAUGAAUAUAUCAACAACAUCUCUAUCAUUCAACCUCCACUACCACCUCAUCCCAAGUAA